AUGGCUGUUCUAUGGCUGCUACUGCUAGCGGGGCUGCCCACAUUCUUACUGGGACUCUUUGUAUGGGCUGUGGCUAAGCAUUUUCUCACAGCAGAAGUUCCUUCCUCCUUACAGCAUCCGAUCAAAUUCAGGGUUAUGCAUUGUAUGACGCUUCUCAUGGUUGGCUUGGGAAAUAUACUAGAGAAGCUGAGAAUUUGCCCUAUGCUCAGAUUUGUUCAGUUUAUUAGUGAUAUAGGUGCCAUAAAGAAGAACCCUACCUUGGUGGUAACCAACAUGCAUUUUGGGUCAAUCCCUGUGAGACUGUUCCAGCCCAAGGCAGUGUCUUCCAAACUCCGGAGAGGCAUCAUCUUCUACCAUGGAGGGGGUGCUGUCUGUGGUAGCCUGGACAUGUACCAUAGCUUGUGCAGUUUCCUGGUCCAGGAGACAGACUCCGUGUUGCUGUCAGUGGGGUACCGCAAGCUUCCUGACUAUCAUUACCCUGUCAUUUUCAAGGAUUGCCUGAAUGCCGCCAUACAGUUCCUGAAGGGCCUGGAAAAAUAUGGGGUGGACCCAUCUCGGGUGAUACUCUGUGGAGAGAGUAUUGGGGGUUGGGCUGUGGCCACUACCAUCCAGGUCUUGGUCAGUAGCCCUAGUCUCCCCCAGGUCCGGGCUCAAGUUCUGAUUACUCCAAUAGUCCAGACCAUUAAUUUCCGCUUACCAUCUCAUCAACAGAAUAAAAAUGUGCCAUUCCUUACCAGAGACAUUAUGCUUAUGUGUUUGUGUAAAUACCUGGCCAUUGAUCACUCUUGGAAAGAUGCCAUUUUGACAGGUGCUGUCAUACCUCUGGACAAGUGGGAAAAAUACAGGAAAUGGCUCAGCUCUGACAACAUCCCCAGACAGUUCUGGAGUUCAGACUCAGAACCUGAGUUUCUUGGAUGUUUUAAUGAGGUUGCCUAUCUGGAAACAAAACAAAUUUUUGAUGUACACAUUUCACCUAUCUUAGCAGAUGAUAAGAUCUUUGCUCAGCUUCCUGAGGUAUUCCUAGUGAGCUGUGAGAAUGACAUCCUCCGGGAUGAUGCCUUGCUCUACAAGAAGCGCUUGGAAGACCAUGGGGUCCCUGUGACCUGGUACCAUGUGGAGGACGGCUUCCAUGGAUGCAUCCUUUUGUUUGAUAAGAAGUUUUUCUCUUUCCCCUGCUCCAUGAAAAUAGUAAACACUGUCAUCAGUUACAUAAAGAACAUAUGAAAACACCCUGAUAUCUGAGUGUAAUAAAAUAAAAUUUUCGCUUGC